UUGUGUGCCUAUUUGUGGCCUUGCUAUAAUUAUCCUUCAUGGCCACGCAAGCUGCAGACUGAUUGGAAACAGUAGAGUCUUAUGCCCCGGUGCACCACCCCAGGAGUCCAACAGCACAGAAAGAAAACACUGAGCUUAGAGCGCACCCCCGAGUGUCCAAGUAAAGACAAAAACAUAUGGAGAAUCUACUGCUGGGAUGCUGGCUGUGAUGACAGAAGAGUCUUGCUGGUCUCCCUAACUUUCUUUUGCAGUUUCUUGUGGACAGGCUUUAAGAAUAUAUGCUGGAUAUAGGCAGCUGACUUUGAGUGGACACUUAUAGACUAAGAAGAUGAGUUCCAGAAGGCUGAUGAACCGUUCGCUCUCGAGUGAUGGAAGGUCUUACUACGGUGGCAGUGAUAUCAGCUCUCAGAAUAGAAGGGUUGGCUGUAGGAGCUACCUGAGCAGUGUUCGAUCUGAAAGCAGGAGCACUCUCUGCAGUGUCAUGGCCCAAUUGACUGAGGAGAUACAGCCAACAUUUGAGACCACAUUAAAAUCCAAAGCUGUGUCUGAAGACGCUAACAUCAAGUUCAGCUGUGUGGUCUCAGGCCACCCAGUCCCUGAGGUGACAUGGUACAAAGAUGAUGUACAGCUGGACAGAUACUGCGGCCUUCCCAAAUAUGAAAUUUCACGUGAUGACAGGACACAUACACUCCAAAUAUACAACUGUACUCUGGAGGAUGCUGCAAUUUACCAAGCAUCAGCACAGAACAGUCGAGGCAUCGUGUCAUGUUCAGGGGUGUUGGAGGUGGGAACAAUGAAUGAGUACAAGAUUCAUCAAAAUUACUUUGCAAAGCUUAAACUGCGAAAUGAGAACCGACGUCGAGAGCAGGAGGAGCCCCGCAAUGCAGGCAAAGAGAAUGUCCCAGCAGCCCGCGAGAACGUCAGGGUGAGCAGUCCUGAAAGAGCCCAAAGGAAACGUAGGUCCCCCAUGGAGACCAGAGCGGCUGGCAGCCCUUCAGAGGAGAAAGCCAUGGAGGUGGAUGCUCUCAGUCCAACACCUCCAGUUCAAGAGUCAGCAUCUGUUCAUGAAAUCUCAAACUGUGAAAUGAUCACAAACAGAGACAAAGAUGACCAGGGGCUAACGUAUAUCCACGAUACCAUGCAUAUUGCCUCCAGCAAACAGACUAAUGAGCAUUACGUCAAGAAGAAGAUCAAAAUCUCAAUAGAAGCAACAGAGGGAAUUAAGGAAAACAGACAGACUGGAAGAAGUGAAGAGAUAAUGAAUGAGAGUGGGGCUUCCACUGAGAAGAUGGAAGUACAGAACACUGUCGAUCAGAUCACCUCCGUGACUGAAUAUGAAAACAAAAUGGACAUAACAGACAGACAAAUAAGUGAAAAACAAUCAGUGAAAGUGAACAAAAGCCCCUCCAAAGAAUCAAAGAGAGCUCAGGAUGUUCAGACUGCCUCAGUGUCUGAAUCUAGAAACAAAUUGGACAUAACAGACACAAGAAAAAGUGAAAAAACUUCAGCACACACAAACAAAAGUGUCUCCGAAGAAUCAAAAAGAGCUCAGGGUGCUCAGAUCACAUCAACAACAGAAUCUGAAAACAAAAUGGACAUAACAGACACAAAAGCAACUGAAAAACAGUCCGAGAGAGUGAACAAAAUGGUCUCAGAAAAGCCAAAGGGAGCUCAGGGUGUUCAGAUCACCUCAGUGACUGAAUCAAGAAUUAAAAUGGACAUAACCACAAAUAAGAAUCAAAAAUGGUUAGUGAAAGCAAACAAAAGUCCUUCAGAAGAAUCAAAGAGAGCUCAGGGUGCUCAUAUUGCCUUAGCGACUGAAUCAAGAAACAAAAUUGGCAUAACAGUCACAAAAAAGAAUGAAAAACAGCAAGUAAAAGUAAACAAAAGUGCCUUAGAAGAAUCGAAGAGAGCUCACCAUGCCUUAGUGACUGAAUCUAGAAACAAAAUGGACAUAACAGUCACAAAAACGAAUGAAAAACAGUCAGAGAAAGUGAACAAAAGUGUCUCAGAAGAACCAAAGAGUGCUCAGUGUGCUCAGAUUGCCUCAGUGACUGAAUCAAGUAACAAAAUGGACAUAAAAGACACAAAAAAGAAUGAAAAACAGUCAGAGAAAGUCAAUAAAAGUGUCUCGGAAGAAUCAAAGAGAGCUCAGGGUGUUCAGAUUGCCUCAGUGACUGAAUCUAGAAACAAAAUGGACGUAACAGACACAAAAACGAAUGAAAAACAGUCAGCAAAAGUGCAAAAAAGUGUCUCAGAGGAAUCAAAGAGAGCUCAAGGUGCUCAGAUCACUUCAGUGACUGAGUCAAGAAUCAAAGUGGACAUAACAGACACAAAAAAGAAUGCUAAACAGUCAGAGAAAGCGAAGGAAAGUUCCUCAGAAUCAAAGAGAGUUCAAAAGCCCAUUACAACCCAGAAACAACUGCCACUGAAGUUUUCCAUGACAACCCAGAUGAACAAGGUGGUUGAGUACACAAAGCUAACUAAAUCAUCUGACAAAAGCACAUUAAACCGCCAACCUCAAGCUCUAGAUACUAUCCAGAACUGUAAUGCAAGAGUUAUAGACAAGAAGCUCUUGGAUUUUGAUGACCACAGAAAUAAAACUCCAGUAGGUACAUGUGUGAGGAUCUUUCCUCAUUCCUGUGGUGGGAAUGACGUCAACGUGGACACAGGGGAGAGGAAUGCGUCUGCAUGCUCUCUUGGGAGCUUGGUGAGUGUUUCCUCAUGCUCUGGCCGUGACCUCAUGCGAGUAAACUCAGAUGUGGUGCAACCACAGACCAUGAAUGACUCAUCAAUCUCUACUGUUCAAAUGAAAGAUAAUAAGGCCCAAGAGUGUCAGAGCACGUAUCUUGAAUCUACAGACAAUGUUGCUAAAAUGGACAUACAGGCACAGUCUAAUGUAACCACAUCUGAACUACCCAAAUUAACUAAUCACGAGAUGCAGAGUUACUCUGCAAAAAAAGCCAAUGAUCAUUCUGGCCCCUCUACAUUCCUCUCCCAACGUUCAAAGAUUUUACCCACAGAAUUUACCAUUCCUACAAUAUAUAUAACAGAUGUGGACAGCACAUCACAAAAUAAUGCUGUUGAAACCAGAACCGAAAUGAAUACAGUAACCUCUAACGUGACAAAUAGCAACACAAUCAUGCAAGUAGGUAAUAUAUCUGAAUGCACAGACACCACGAACAAGACCACAGCUGUUUUGGAAUCUGAAGGUCUGCAUGAUGAAAAGCUUGAUCUUUCCCUGCAUUCACAACCCUCGGAAGUCAACAAGCCUCAUCAACAGCCACUAACUCAAGAAAAACUGAUUCAAGGACCUGAAUCAAGUCAUUGUGUCACUGACUUUGUUGCAUCAGACUUAAUUAGAUUGAAAGAUGUCACUAUGCAACAUCACCCUGCUGACAAAAGCAUAAAGACCAAUGAAGCUGACGUAGCUGAAAUGAGUCAUCUUAAAGAAACAGAUCUUCAUCUGAAAACUGAUUCAGACUCCUUCAUAAAACAAUUGAAGUUGGCUGCAUUAGACUUUGAGAGUUCAAAUCUAAGUACUACAGCCAAGAUAAAUGCUGCAUCACAUAUAAACGCGAAAGAAAAUAUUAAAUGUGGCGAGGAAGUAGUUUCUGCAGUGACAGAGCUCACUACCUGUAAGGUAACAAUUCCGUUGAAGACUACAGACCAGGUCUUCAAGUCUACUGCUGCCCACAGUGAGCUUGCCACCAAGACCGAUCAAAAGACUACAUUACCCAGGACUAAAACAGAGAAGAGUGAAACAGGAAUGGCCGUGUGUCUUGAAGAAGCAAAAAGAGAUUCAUAUCAGGGGGACAAUUUAUCUUUGACGACACAACCUGCAUCUCUAUUACAAUCAGUCAGUAACUCACCAUCGAAGACAUCAUUGGAAACACACUCCCCUCGUCUCACCCGGAGGACUGUCCAGGCUGACCUCCCCAAACCUGCAGGAAAUGAGAAUGUUAAGCCCAAAUCAGCAGAGAAAGACAAAGAAAACCAAUUCAAAGUCCCACAGGUUAUCCGUAAAAUCCGACCAGAGGUGUUUGAUGCCUCUGGAAAUCUGAAACUCUGGUGUCAGUUUUUCAACAUAGUAAGUGACUCAACAAUAAAAUGGUACAAGGAUGAAGUGGAAAUUGCUGAGAUAAAGAGAAGUGCAGGAGAUGAGACUCAAGUGUGCUUGGCUAUUAUACAGAUGUCCAAAAGAGACUGUGGUGUUUACAGAUGCACCAUUACCAAUGAAUAUGGCAAAGAUUUCACAGAGUAUCUUCUUAGCGCAGAGUUUUUGUCCAAUAUGUUCCUGCGUGAGGAGCUCCAGGAAGUUGGGGAGGAGAUUGAGAUGACUCCUCUGAUCUUCAGUAAAGGUCUUGCUGAUGCAGGUUGCUGGGGCUCAAAGUUCUACGGCCGUGUCACAACAGAUGAAGCUCAGGUUGGCCUGGGAUGUGAGCACAAAACCAGACGGCUGAAAGUGAUCUACGGAUUAGAUCCUGUGUUUGAGUCAGGCAGCUCAUGUUUUAUGAAAGUGCGAAGCCCUAUUGCAUUUGAGAGCAGAGAGGAGACUGUCUUGGCUGAAAGGAAUCUUCAAAUCACAAAACAGGACUGUAGAAUUCAGAACAUGGCUAGAGAGUACUUCAAGAUCUUUGCUACAGAGACAAGAGUGAUAGAGAGUUUUGGUGCAGCACUGGAGGUAAUCCCUCUAUACUUCAUGUACUUGCCAGCGAGCAGUAUUCCUUCUGCAACAGUGGAGGCAGAGCUUAAGGGUGUCUAUUUGCGGUAUUGUGGAAUGGAUAGCACCGGGUCACUGGUAUUUAAUGAGAAGUUAGAAGUGGCACAAAAGUCUUCUUGUCUCCAGCACUGGAUCUACCAGUGGACCAAUGGAAAUGUGCUGUUCUCCAGACUUGAGGGAGUUGAUACAACACUGACAAAUAUCGGAAUAGCAGUCAGGUCAAAGGGGUAUCAGGGGUUCCCUUGUGAGGCUAAUCUGAAGGUUUUCGAGCAGUUUCAGAUCCAGCAUCAAUGUAAUUACUUCUGUGGUCUCUUAAACCUCAAACCUCUCAAAGCCCCAGAAACACUUCAGACUUCAACCAGACCCAAGGGCUCAAGCAGCCCACUACUACAACGAAAAACAGCACCCAGCUCCUCCAGUCCCCAGACCCCACGCAAGGCCACAAAGAGCCCCAAAGUAUCCCGCAAGCUUAACCCACAGACGUCAACCUAACUCAAAAUAAAGUAGGCCAUAUACAUAGGGAAAACGAAGGAAAAAGAGAGGUUCGUCUGUUAUUGAAUCGAAACAUUGAUCACUGAUCUGCAGUUAAGAUGCAGCUGCACUUACUACCCGAAUGUAAGUAAAAACAACUUUUGAUAAAUGCACCAUUUUAAAUGAAAUAUGUAAAUCCAGAAUCAUUACCUAAUCUUCUGUUGCAGUGCUCUUUACAGAAUCCGUUCUGUAAUCCUCAGAGGUUUUUGAAAGUGCAUUGUAAAAAUGUGUGUGAUAAUGUCAAGUGGAGCUGUAGCACUACAAACUUUAUAUUACCUCUUUGUUAAUUUCUAAAGGAAGU